AUGAGAAUCUGUGUGUUACAUUCCUCGGAGGAAGGUGGAGACAGUGUGGAGGAUUCACAAGAGCUCUGGCCUGAUGUGGGAGUUUACGCGCCCCGACACGUCGUGGAGAACAAGUAUAUCAAGAAACCAACGGCCAAGGAACAGAUCGAUGAAGCCGUGGCCGAGGGUUAUGAUUUCUACUUCCAGUUCCUGUGGGGAACGCACGAUGAUACCGUGAGUGGUAUCGAUGCCAUUAAGUAUUUUGAAACGCUCAAGGUGCCCUCAGCUGGUAUUCGAGGCUGGGAACGAAACCGGUCCAAGGUCGCUUUCUACACUGAGGCCAGGAAGCAGGGAUUCCCACCUGUGCCGGGUGUGGACAAAUUCCCCUUAUUUGUCAAGCCCGCCUUCAGCUAUGCCAGUCUCCUCAUCGACCAACACUCUUUAUGUCAGAAUGAGACAGACUUGGCACUGGCUAUCAGUCGUUUGAACACUGGAAUGCGAGAGGCACGGGCUCGCAGGGCUGUUGGUUUGGGCUACGCUGACCCGGAAGAAUUUGUUCGGGCUUGUGAAGAGGCUGGACGGGACAGCGACGACGUUGUUGUCCAGGAGUACAUUGACGGGCAAGAAUACUCAGUUGUGGUUCUUGCAAUGGGCGAGAUCCCCGUGCCCAUGCCUCCCCAGCGGGCCAGACUACCUGCCGACAAGAAGUUCCUCACAUUCGAUGCCAAGUUUGAUGGUGAAUCGGGCUAUGAGCUGUUGAAUGAAGCAGAGAACCCCGCUUUGUACCAUCACCUCCAAGAGACAGCCGUGCAAGGCUUCAAAGCUGGAAGAAUGGCAACGAACAACAUGGGAUGUGAUGUGGAUAUGCGCAUUGGACCGGAUGGAAAGGCCAUUGUCAUUGAGGUUGAUCCUAUGCCUGUGUGGUUCUUGGCCCCCGGAAACAAAUUUGAAGAUACGGAUGUCAAGCAAGGUCUUGCAGGUCACCAGAGGGCGGCUGUCAAUAUCUUCAUUACCAACCAUUUCCUCCGCAACCCUGAUCCUAGAAGAAUGAAGGAGCUCAGCGAGCUGGAGGCAUUCUAUGACAACUGCAGUUCGCGUUACGAUCAGACAAAAUCAUUCACCCAGGCCAAGCAAGCUGCUGCUAAAAUUACUCAAGAUAUUUCUUACAACGGAACUAUUUUGGAUCUUGGCUGCAAGACUGGAUUGUUUGGUCAGAAUCUACGUGAACAGCAAAAGGCUGCGAGCGAUAGUCAGCGAUUAAUUGGAGUUGACAUUUCAAACAAGAUGUUGGAGAUCUGCCGACAAUCUGGACGCUAUGAUGAGCUCUUCCAUCGCUCGAUCUUAGAGUUCUUGGCCGACUACAACAACCCUGUUGACCAUGUUAUCAGCCUGUCUGCUUUCCAACAUCUGGCUGUGCCAGAGUUGGACUUCGUUUUGGCACGGUGCUUCCAACUAGCGCGACAGUCUGUCACCAUUACAGUCGAUAAGAAGGAAGAGAAAUCAGAGGAUUCAACGGCCUUCUUUUUGGAUCACACUGAAGAUGUGAAAUCCCUGGGAUUGCCAUUUGGAUGGCACCUUGUUACGCAGAUUGAAGAGGAAGGAAGCACUCUGUUGCGGUUCGAAAAACGCUAG